CAGUGGUUCCCAACUUGGUGUCCAAGCCAAUAUCACUUUAUAUUCACAAAAAAGUUAGAAACUUGGAUGAGUAGUCUGCUUUUUCGCUGCUUCUAAUCUCUCGUGUGUCAAUCGGAGCUCACUCACUCUCGAUCGGUGAUUGAAAUCGACAACUAUCCAUGUCUCGGAGGUACGAUAGCCGAACGACGAUCUUCUCCCCAGAAGGUCGUCUCUACCAGGUUGAGUAUGCAAUGGAAGCCAUUGGAAACGCAGGGACUGCAAUUGGGAUAUUGUCGAAAGACGGGGUUGUCUUGGUUGGUGAAAAGAAAGUCACUUCUAAACUCCUUCAGACCUCAACAUCAACCGAGAAGAUGUACAAGAUUGAUGACCAUGUAGCAUGUGCUGUGGCAGGAAUUAUGUCUGAUGCCAACAUUCUUAUUAACACAGCCAGGGUCCAAGCUCAGCGCUAUACUUACGCUUACCAAGAACCAAUGCCUGUUGAACAGCUAGUUCAAUCUCUAUGUGACACCAAGCAAGGCUACACACAAUUUGGUGGGCUUCGCCCCUUUGGUGUUUCUUUUCUGUUUGCAGGCUGGGAUAAAAAUUUUGGCUUCCAGCUUUACAUGAGUGAUCCAAGUGGAAAUUAUGGUGGUUGGAAGGCUGCAGCAGUUGGAGGAAAUAACCAGGCAGCACAAUCAAUGCUUAAGCAGGACUACAAGGAUGACAUAACAAGGGAAGAUGCAGUGCAGCUUGCACUGAAAGUGCUCAGUAGGACCAUGGACAGCACUAAUCUUACAUCAGAUAAGCUUGAACUUGCCGAAAUAUACCUCUCUGCCGGGAAAGUAAAGUACCAGGUGCACUCGCCUGAGUUCCUGAGUAAGUUGCUAGUGAAGUUUGGAUUGAGCCAACCUCCUGCCGAGGAUGCUUAGGUGACUGUAUUUUGAUUGAGAUUUGAGUUUCAGUAUUUAUAUGUCUUUUAAUGAAAUCCUUAUCUUUGAAAUACUUGCUUUAUGUUGAAAUAUAUGUCUUGUUAAUGAAAUGGAUCUCAGUUUUAUAA